UCUCCCCCCCCCUCUCUCUCUCUCUCUCUCUCUCUCUCUCUCUCCAACUCGUAAUGUAUUUAAUUCAAGUGAAACGUAAUCAUGACGUGUGUUGUCAUUAAUCUCCUCGCCGCCUCUCCCGGGUUUCUAGGUGGUGGUCUCCCAGAUCACCAUUCUCGAAGUGCAUCCUCUCUCAGCCAAGGUCGUGGAUCAUGGAAUACACACACUACUAAGUAUGGAUUCACCACCAGAAUGUGUGCUCGCUGUCUCCUCUGAGGCACCCCUGUCCCCUCCUUCAAUGCCCUCGGUAGAUCACAGUCCUCACUCUUUACCGCAAAGCCCUCAAUCUGCCCCUUCCAGCCCUUUGAGUACCCCAUAUGCACCCCUGUCACCCUUUACCCUUGCUGAUGCCAACCAACAAGAUGAAGAGGAGGAUGAGGAGCUGUCAGCACCAUCAUCUCCCACUCCGGCUGUUGCACUGUUUCCAGGGGAAGAGCAGCUGUGUAGUCCCUCUUCGGAGAGCAGUCCUCCGGCCACUCCAUCAGCACCACUGCCUGUUUUUGGAGCGCUGGAGCAGGCCCUCUCAUCCGGGGCUACUGCCACCUGUAGUGAUGAGUUGGACCUGCAGCUUUUCAACAAUGACGGUGUGACUGUCCAAGGAGGUCCUACCACAGGCCCUGCCCUCAGGUUUCCCUGCCACGUUUGUGGGAAGAGGUUCCGUUUCCAGAGCAUUCUGUCCCUCCAUGCUAGAGCUCAUAGUUUAGACAGGGACCGUAGGGCUUCUGCGCUCUACAAGACUGUACAUGUUAAACCCCAACAGAACCAUGUGAGUGAUGGUGUGAUUCGGAACCACAACAGGGAUGUCCACCUGAGUUCAGUAUCCAGGUCCCUGCAUCUGAAUCGAAGAGAAGAGGCUGUUCCAGAGGAGCCUCUGCAAACUGCCAGCAGCCCUCAGUUCCUGAUGGAUGGAACCAUACCCCUGACUCCACCUCUUACAGAAGAAGCACCAGCAUCUUCUACCUUUUCUCCUAUAGGCCCUGUUCUCACUGAAGAGCCCACCCCUUCUGGCAUAGCUUCUGCCUUUCGCUGCCAUGCCUGCAAGGGUAAAUUCCGCACAGCCUCCGAGUUAGCUCGUCAUGUUCGAAUCCUCCAUAACCCAUACAAGUGCACACUGUGCCCCUUUUCAGCUAAUCAAGAGGAACGUCUAGCUGCUCACCUGCAGGAGAGCCACCCACCUGAAGAUCCUGUGCCACCUCCUGUCUUCCCUUCACGUCCUAUCACAGCUCCACCGCAAAUGCCUUUGCCACAAGCGCCUGCUCUUCCAGCCUUCCGUUGUGAGACCUGUGGUCAGCGCUUUACCCAGUCCUGGUUCCUGAAGGGCCAUAUGCGCAAGCACAAGGACUCCCUUGACCAUAAGUGCCAGGUCUGUGGUCGUGGCUUCAAGGAGCCCUGGUUCCUCAAGAACCACAUGAAAGUGCACCUCAACAAGCUGGGCCUAAAGGCUGGCCUGGGGAAUCUAGGACCUUCAGGAUCUGACCAAUCCAAAGGUCAUGGGAACCAGGCUUUAGGAGCUCUCUACUCUAACCUACUCCUGGCACGCAGCAUGGCAGGUGGAGGAGGUGGGAGAGGCAGUCGGACAGAGAGGUCAGAAAUAAGUGCAGGCUCAAGCAAGUCUUCAAUGUGGGGUUACCUGGGGUUGCCAAAUGACAGCGGUGGUGCUAGCUGCAUGGAACGCCUCCAGGCAGUGGCUCAGGUGGCGGAGAUGGGUAAUGGAGGAGAGAGAGGGGGAGAAGCACUAGAUGGAGAAGAGCAGGCAGCCAUGUGGCAGCUGGUUGCUCGCAGCCUGGCAGCAGUGCAGCAAAGCCAGCAACAGCAGCAGCACCAGCAGCAGAGAUCUCAGGCGCAGCACCAGCGCCCUUCCUCACAGGGUACAGUUGCUGGGGAGGCCGAGCAGGUGCGUGCCUACUUGGGUGGCCUUGGUUUCAAAGAAGAAUUGGAGGCUUCUGGGGCCCCCUGGGAAUGCCCUGACUGUGGGAAGCUUUUCCAGAAUCUUCAGCAGGUAGUGGCUCAUGCUCGUGUUCACGUUCAGAAGCAGCAGAAGUAUCCAAGUGCACGAAGUGGUGCAAAGAAAGAAGAGGAUAGUGCACAUAAGACUGUAGGACCUCAAGGAGGAGGAGAAGGAGGAAGAGGAGGAGGGGGACGAGGAAGUGGAAAUGAAUGCAGACAUGAGGCCAAACAGCACCAGUCAGGAGUGGGAACAGCUGGAAGUUUCCAAUCCGUCAUAACACACCUUUCUAGGGAGAAUGGACUGAGGGUACCAUCAGGACCUUCCACAGCUCCGAGGGAGCGUGUGCGGGGUACAGGAAUGAAGGAUUGCCCUUACUGUGGUAAAGCUUUCCGCUCCUCCCAUCACCUUAAAGUACACCUACGUGUGCACACAGGUGAGAGACCAUACAAAUGCCCCCACUGCGACUAUGCGGGAACCCAGUCUGGCUCUCUCAAAUACCAUCUACAACGGCAUCAUCGUGAGAGGAAUGCAAUGGCAACCUCUCCAAGCUCCUCCUCUCCGAGCCUCCCAUCUUCACUGACUGGAUCUCCAAGAGAAGGAACCCAAAAACAGCGUCGACCCCCCUCAACAAACCAGGGACCAUUUGGGAGGGGGUCAACAGAAAUCCCCACAUCCAGACGCAGCCAGACGUUGGUCCCUGGACCUCUAGAAAAGAAAGACAGUCCUCAUAAGCCCAAAGCUUCUCAGAAAGAAAGAGAUUUGGAGAGUCAGUACCGUUUCCUGUCUGGGAUGAUGGGAGAACUCUACCAGGGUGGACUAGAAGGAGGCUGGACACCACCUCCAAAAAUGCCUAAAGUAUCCAGACGUAAGCCUCUUAUUACAAGUCGUAUGGUGCCGGCUAAUGGAUAUCAGAGCAGCAUGACAUCUAGUGCUUCCCAGGAAUGUGGAUUUGAGCCUUUGGACCUCUCACGCCGCCCUUUGCCUGGAAUGGGUGCAAUAGAACAAGAUCUAGGAGCAGUAAGUAGCUCUGGAACUCCACCAUCAGGAGGAGCAAGAGAAGGUGAUGACACUCUGAGCCAGUGUGUGUUCUGUCCAUUCCGAACCUCGUCUGUUGAAUUGAUGGCCAUGCAUCUACAGGUCAAUCACACCAGCAAGUCCCGCCGCAAAAGGGGAGCCACUGUGACCACUGACAGCCACUCCCCCAGAAUAACCCUGCCUGGGUUGAACCGUGACCCUUUGGCACUGUGGAAGUUCCUCAGUGAAGGGGAUGGGGUCAUGGCCAUGGAGGACUGGGUCAAAUACAGGUCAAAGGCUGGAAAUGGGGUCACCUUGGAAGAUGGGGAGCUGGAGAGAUCUCCGAACCAAUUCAGAGAUGUACCAUCAGUUCUGGGAAACAUCAAGACCACAAAACAAGGGCUUAAAUUGGGAGAACGUGAGAAUACCGAUGAGGAAGAAGAAGACGAUGUGGAGGAUGGCCUGGAAGUAACCAGCAGCCCUGAAAAUUACUCUCAACAGGACAUAGGAAAGGAUGUGUCCGAGUCUCCAGACAUGAUGCAGGAUGAUUUGCCCAUAGAGGAGGAACAACUGGUGGGAAACUAAGAUGUUUCAAAAGCUCCAGUGGAAGAUGGAUCUGGAGGGAAGGGUGUAUAGGCAAGCUUAGAGGCUGAUCAUGUUCUCUCCAACACAAGGCUAUCAUGUCCAUGUCACAAAUAAGUAGAUACGAUUCUCAAAAACUUCCUCACACUUGAAAUUCCCCCUUAUCGGUUACACAUCAGGUUUUUCACCCACAAUCACAGACAUGCAAACAGAAAUAUAUCCAGUAUUGUAUGCUAGUCUUAGCCUGCCUGUCCAGGAGCCCUGAGGCCUUCUUGACUACUGUCAUUGAAUUGGUGUCUUUUUUGUCAGUGAAGAUGAUUGCCAAGUUGUAUUUCUACACAGGUUUCUUGCUACUGUGAGUCUUUCUCUUGUCGCAGCACAUCCAGGAAUGUCAAUCUUUAGAGCAGGACAAGCAAAAAAUGAAAAAAAGCAAAAAAAAGAGAAACACUAAAAUGUACAACAUGAUAUUCUUUUUCAUGAUAUUUCUCUUAAAUGGAGAAAUGGCUAGUUUAACGCAAAGGCCAGAUGUAUUGUGCUACUUCCACUUGACUGAAUUCUACAUUUUGACAACACUUCUACCGUGAACCAAAGGGGUGGUCACACUUCUUACCACACAUUUACCAGGCUGUGAAGAGUAUGCUGUGAUGACUGAAUGGUACUGAUGAUGACCACAUUUAACAAUGCUGGACAAAGAUUAUUUUCCCCACAUAUCCACACUGUCAGGUAGGUCUGGCAGGUCCUCUACAGAUAUUAUAUGAAACAGAAAUUCUUCUACUUCUAUACUCUAUUUGUCUCAGUGCCUGGUGAUGUAUAUGUUUUUUUAAGGGAGUCGUACAACACAGGAAAAUAUAUACAGUAAAUAUAAUACAAUAUAUGUUUAAUAGCUCUAGACUGUAGAGAGUUCUGGUGGAACGUUGUGGUGGCAGUUUGCGUGACCGUGUCCGUUGUGGAUGGAAGAAUGGAACACUAGAGCACUCUGAAAUCGACACGCGAGAACAGCUGGCCAGUUGAAAAAGGCCAUAUGGCAGUGUUUACAUCAGAAAUACC